AUGUACAAGCUGAUUACCCUCAUUGCUGCUGUUGCAGCCGGUGUGUCUGCACACGGCGACCAUAGUCAAGAGACUUUUAAGGAAGGUCCUCACAAGUCUCUGUGGUACAACACCCUUCCUGGCGAUGGUGGUACUCAAGCCGACUCGGUCUUCUCAGGAAUCUCUACGUUUGGUCGUAUCGAGUACCAUCCUUGUUUGUCCAGCGACGCUCGGAAGUAUGAUAUCGCUUUCAUUGGCGCACCCUUCGAUACUGGUACGAGUUACCGCCCAGGUGCCAGAUUCGGUCCCAGUGGUAUUCGCCAGGGUUCCAGACGUCUCAACCUUUACGGAGGCUUCAAUGUCCCUCUCCAGACAAACCCUUUCAAUGGAUGGGCCACUGUCAUUGACUGUGGUGACAUUCCUGUCACCAGUUACGACAACGAAUAUGCUUUGAAGCAGAUUGAAGAGGGCCACAACAGCAUCUUGAUGCGCGAGCCUGCUGCGAACGCACACAUGACCGGUCCUUCCAAGCAUGGAAAGACAUUGCCGCGUGUCAUCACUAUGGGUGGCGAUCACACUAUCACUCUGCCUCUUCUGCGCUCCAUGAACAAGGCAUACGGGCCCAUAACCGUCAUCCAUUUCGACUCCCACCUGGACACAUGGAGGCCCAAGGUCUUUGGCGGAGCUCCUUCCAAGAUUGCAUCGAUCAAUCAUGGAACAUACUUUUUCCACGCUGCGCAGGAAAGACUUCUGCGCAACGACACCAACAUCCAUGCGGGCAUUCGCACCACUCUGUCCGGCAUGUCCGACUACGACAACGACGGCUACUGCGGUUUCGAGAUCGUCGAGGCUCGUGAGGUCGACACGAUUGGCAUUGAUGGUAUCAUCAAGAAGAUCCAUGACAGAGUCGGACACAAGAACCCUGUGUACCUCUCGAUCGACAUUGACACGCUUGAUCCUGCGUUCGCUCCUGCGACUGGUACUCCCGAGACCGGUGGUUGGACCACUCGUGAGCUCCGCACCAUUAUCCGCGGACUCGAAGGGAUUCAUCUCGUGGCAGCCGAUAUCGUCGAGGUGGCUCCUGCUUACGAUACCAAUGCUGAGUUGACCACCAUGGCCGCUGCUGACACUUUGUACGAAGUGAUGUCUCUGAUGGUCAAGGAUGGACCCCUUUCCGAUAUGUCGAUUGACAGCAAGAAGGAGCUCAAGUAG